UGUUGCUGCUGCUGCUGCUGCUGCUGCUGCUUGUCACAUUUACUGCUGUUUGUCACUUGCGGUCCAGCUUGGGAGUUCAAGCACAGCUCACCAUGGUGCAUUGCACCCAUCCAACUUCCAUACCGCCGCGCACCUCACAGGAGGCAGACGAAUUCUCUCGUCCCUGAAUGCUCCAUUCGAGGGGCGGGAAACGCAAACCCAUUGCCAACCCCAAAUAGUACAAAGUACAACCCGUCAGAACGAUGUAUCGGAUUGACGGCUGCCUUCUCCAGCUCGCAAAUCUUGAUGGGUCCCGAGAAGCGGGAAACGCAAGGGUCUGGUCCGGUACUGUAUUCGAAAGCAGGGUGCGCCAGCCGGACGGGCGCCAGAACAUCUCCCUCUGCACAGAGUCACUUCACAAAUGGAGACGGCAGCAAGGCGUGA